GCCAACACAGAGCGGUUUGAGAUGGAGAGCUGCGGGGUCAACCAUGUCGAGGGGGGCUGGCCCAAGGAUGUGAACCAGGAGCUGGAGCAGACCAUCCGCUUCCGGAAGAAAGUGGAGAAAGAUGAGAACUACAUCAAUGCCGUCAUGCAGCUGGGCUCGAUCAUGGAACACUGCAUCAAACAGAACAAUGCCAUCGACAUCUACGAGGAGUAUUUUGAUGACGAGGACGGUGUGGAGGUGACCGAAGAGGCACCGUCAGCCAAGACCAUCAACGUCUUCAGGGACCCUCAGGAGAUCAAGCGGGCAGCCACACACCUCUCCUGGCACCCUGAUGGCAACAGGAAGCUGGCAAUAGCUUAUUCCUGCUUGAACUUCCAGCGAGCCCUGGGCAUGAGCCACGAGUCCUACAUCUGGGACCUGGAAAACCCCAACAGACCAGAAAUUGUCCUGAAGCCGUCUUCCCCUCUUGUCACCCUGGAGUACAACCCCAAGGAUUCCCACGUCCUCCUAGGGGGCUGCUACAAUGGGCAGAUAGCCUGCUGGGACACCCGGAAGGGCAGCCUGGUGGCAGAGCUGUCCACCAUCGAGUUCAGCCACCGAGACCCAGUGUACGGCACCAUCUGCUGCAGCAAAGACGGGCACGAGUGCUUCUCAGCGUCCACGGAUGGGCAGGUCAUGUGGUGGGACAUCCGCAAGAUCAGCGAGCCCAGGGUGGUCAUCAUGGGCAUCCAAAAGGAGCAGCUGGAGAAUGCCCUGGGAGCCAUCUCCUUGGAGUUCGAGUCUACGUUGCCAACCAAGUUCAUGGUGGGCACCGAGCAGGGCAUCGUUGUCUCCUGCAACCGCAAGGCCAAGACAUCAGCGAAGAUCGUUUGUACCUUCUCAGGUCACCAUGGCCCCAUCUACGCCCUCCAGAGAAACCCCUUCUACCCAAAGAACUUCCUGACUGUUGGUGACUGGACAGCCCGCAUCUGGUCUGAGGACAGUCGGGAAUCAUCUAUUUAUGUGGACCAGAAAGACUCAGAGACCCUGGACCCCGGAGAGCCUCAACGGGAGGAGCCUUGGACUGGCGAGCCUCCUGCUCCCCCAGCACAGGCUCUGACUUGCCACGCCGGCUCCGACAGGUACCACAUGGCUUACCUCUCUGAUGGAGCCUGGAGUCCUGUGUGUGACGAGGCCCUCUUCUGCCUCCGGGUUCAGGACACCGGAUGUCUCAUCGCCUGCGGCUCCCAGCUUGGAACAACCACUCUGCUGGAGGUGUCCAGCAGCCUCUCCACCCUGCAGAGGAAUGAGAAGAACAUAGCUUCUUCGAUCCUGGAGGCCAGACACCGUGAGAUGCGGCUGAAGGAGAAAGGGAAGGCAGAGGGCAAGGAUGACGACCAGAAGGAUGAGGAGUUGGCCCUGGACCUCAAUGAGCUAGUCGCCAAAGCCGAGGAGGAGUUCUUUGAGGUCAUCUUUGCAGAGCUGAAGAAGAAGGAAGCGAGGCUUUGA